UGAAAGCAACACGAACGUGCAAGACAAUGGAGAUAAGACGCGAUACGUCUGGAAGUGCAAUAAUCGACUAUGGUCUUCAGAUCCCAACGCAGUAGUUUGACAGUCAAACUGCGAAGAAGGAAUUUUGUAUGCAAACAGGGUGCUGCUUCAGAGUCCAGUGAGAUGAUGUCAGUGAUAUGGGAAUAACUCUGAGUGAAGAACGUAUCGCACACUUUUCUGACGUGUAAAGUUUUCCGGUCAUGUGUUCAUAGUGCACUCAGGCUCUGAGUGUAUCUACGUACCAGCCUACAGAGCGUUGCAGAGGCUUCAUCAAGAAGUUGGUUUCCCACUGGGCUUCAUAGUGGUGACCACGGCAGCGAAAGCAUUAAUUAAACCAUACCAAGCUGCGGAGAAAACGAAAAAUUACGUGAUGGUAGAAAGAAGAUAGAACAUUAAUAUCUUCCUAUCAAGCGGUGCAUUAACACGAACCAGCAGAGGUCGCACGUACAGUCCUAACGCAGAUGCUUUUGCGUAGUUUCUCCCAACAGCGCCACAAAUAGACCACAUCAGUCCCUUAAUAAUCGUGUCCCUAACUUGAGCCUGAAUAUUGCUACCCGCUUGUCCCUCUCCACACAUUAACUGCAUUGAAUAGAAACGAAGAAGGAAAUGAAUACAAGACUCUGGCAUGAGAAAUGUAAUCGCUAGAGAGGUAAAUGACCGAGUAUGCGACAAGAAAACAUAAGCAGGAGAAAAGGAGCCACUGGGAAGACAGAAAGUAGGUGACAUGAAAGAAUUGAUUGUAAACCGUGGAAAUAGAUAAAACUUAUACUUGUGAGGAAAAAGAGUGAAAAAAAUGGACACAGUUGAUAAAAAAAAUAAAUAAUAACGAAAAAAAGUAAGCAUUUGGGAAGAAAGACAGCAGAAGAAAUAAAGGUGUUGAUUACAAACUGAGGAAGGAGAGAAAGAAACGAUAACUGGCGAGAGAAGUGAGUGAAAAACAGAUGCAUUAUAUACAAAAAUAGCGAAAAAGUGAGCUGUUGCAGAGACAAAUCCCUCCUGCUGACAUUCAAGGUUCCAGCAAUUUGUUAACAGCUGAUAGAAACUUAAGCCACCUAAAUAUAGAAACACCCAAAACCAUGCCAUAAGAUUAAAAAACACCACAAAAAAACAAAAUAACAAACUUUUAGCACCCAGAAGCAUUAGGACAGAGAGAUAAGGGAAAGGAGGAGGAGUUUGUGAAGAGGUUAGGUGAUCGGCAGUGAGGACAAGACACCGAACAUGGCCACAAGCAGGAGGAAGCAAGAGGAGAGGAAUCUUCGGGUGCUGCGUGAACAGGGCGCCCUCGAAGCCAACAGGACCUGCUUCGACUGUCGCCAGCGAGGCACGACGUACAUUAACAUGACUAUAGGGUCCUUUGUCUGCACCUCCUGCUCCGGCCUCUUGCGAGGCCUCAACCCGCCCCACCGAGUCAAGUCAAUCUCCAUGGCCAGCUUCACCCAGGAGGAGAUUGACCUCAUAAAGUCCAGGGGUAACCAGUACUGCAGUGCCGUGUGGCUGGGGCUGUACGACCCCAAGCUGACCCCUUUCCCCGACACCAAAGAUGAACACAAGAUCAGGGAUUUCAUGAUUACUAAGUACGAGAAGAAGAGGUUCUACAUAGACCCCAGCGUGGCCCUCAAGAUCAUGCCGCCCAACCAGGACAACAGUGCCUCCUCCUCUGCCGCCUCCACCCCAGGGAGUGACACAGCCAGCAGGGGCGCGGCCGGGGCAGCCACACAGACCACCACCACUACCACCUCAUCUGUCUCCCGCCCCAGUGUUCCUGCGUCCCAGUUCUUUGUAUGAGGAUAACAAAUAAGG